AUGGCUAAUAUUAGAGCUGGCAAGCGUGUUGUGUCUGGUUGUAUUCGUGUUCCCGUCGAAUAUAAACAGAAACCGAGUCGUUUAUCUGUCUCCGGGUUGACCCGACCCGGACGACCAUCAUCUCUGGUGUCUAGAACAAAGCAGGAAAGAGAAAGAAAGGAGCAGAAGGAGAGCAGAAAAAUGGAAGACGAUGAAGAGCCACCGGUAGCCAUCGGAAUCAAUGAAGUUAAUCAACCAGAAAACGACGAAGUCUCCGCCGUCGGCGUCACCGUUAUCACCGGUUACCUGGGCGCCGGAAAAUCCACACUGGUGAAUUAUAUUAUCAAUUCAGAACAUGGGAAGAAGAUAGCAGUAAUAUUGAAUGAAUUUGGGGAAGAAUUAGGGGUUGAAAGGGCUAUGAUUAAUGAAGGUGAUGGCGGUGCACUUGUUGAAGAGUGGGUUGAGCUUGCUAAUGGCUGUAUUUGUUGUACUGUUAAGCAUAGUCUUGUUCAAGCUUUGGAGCAACUUGUUGACCGGAAGGAAAGGCUUGAUCAUAUAUUAUUGGAGACCACAGGUUUGGCAAACCCUGCUCCUCUCGCAUCCGUCCUUUGGUUGGAUGAUCAGUUGGAGUCUUCUGUCAGGCUUGAUUCAAUCAUCACAGUUGUUGAUGCCAAAAACCUUCGUUACCAGCUUAAACAACGUGAUGAUUCAUCUUCUUUCCCCGAAGCUUACCAUCAGAUAGCCUUUGCGGAUGUUAUAAUACUGAAUAAGGUUGAUUUGUUAGCUCAAGAUCACCCUGAAGGUACUCUGGAAGACUUGGAGAAGGAGAUACAUAAGAUAAAUUCUCUUGCCAAUAUCAUCCAUUCAGUUCGUUGUCAAGUUGACUUGUCUAAGAUAUUGGAUUGUCAUGCUUAUGAUGCUACACAUGCUUCUCAUUUGGAAGCUUUAUUGGAAGAAAAUAAAUCUUUAUCUACUGGGGAUCUUCAUGAUGCUAGUGUCAGGACCCUGUGCAUAUCUGAGCCACAAGCGGUGUCUCUCGAUAAGGUUCGUAUAUGGAUUGAAGAGAUUCUUUGGGACAAGAAAGGUGGUAUGGAUAUCUACCGCUGCAAAGGAGUUUUAAACAUUCUGGAUUCUGAUGAACUCCAUACUCUACAGGCUGUGAGAGAAAUAUAUGAUAUUGUUCCUUCUCGUGCAUGGCGGGAAAAAGAAAGUAGGAUAAACAAAAUCGUAUUUAUCGGUCAAUGCUUAAAUGAGGAAUUUCUGACUGAUUCCUUUAGAACUUGUAAGGCAAACAGCUAAACUUUGUGUUUCAAGUGUUGCUCAAUCGAGGAUGCUUUGAUACUGCACUGGUUAGCAAGAAAUACUCGUACAAGAUAAGCACGCGAUCAGAAGUCUGAAAACUUGUUUGUUUCUGCCUUAGAAGACUGAGAGUUAUCCUCCAUACUUGGGGUUCUCUGCCUUCGUUUUGGUUCUGUAGAUUUGAGCGUUACUACGAAUUACAAACCUUGAAAUAAAGUUGUUCUUGGUUCAACCCUUUUUGUUUCUUCUCUGUGCUACAAAUGAAGGAGAAAAUACUUGUAUCCUUAACUGUGAUCAAGACUCGUGACAAAUUACUUUGAAUUGAACGUGACUCUUAGAAUCGAA